GUCGUUUGACGUGCAUGCGCAAAAUGCUCCACACACCAAGUAGGUUGGAUGGAUGGUGGAUUACAAACCUGCGGGGUCUCUCCUCUCCUGUCAUCAACACCUUCGAAGCCUACGUGCUCUGAUGGAAAUUCGUGAAGAUCUGACUCGCCAGGACAGGCAUAAGAGGAACACAACUGAUUUCCAAACUGGAUUUAAAAAGAGCGUGUUCUGUCAACUACAAAUCAAUUUAAUAGAUAGGUAAAUAAAAACAGACUUGCCUGACGUGAAUUCAUUAGGUAAAUGCACAAAUGAACGCAAUGGAUACCUUACUGGUGAUUUUUGUUCGUGUUGGAGCGAUGUAUUUUGAGGCUUGGCUCACAUGGACAGCGUGGUGGUGACCUAAAUAUAUGCUAUAAAGAUACCCAGAGGAUGACUAUACCAUGAAAACACCAUUCAUUUUAUCUAAAUGAGAGUGCCAGACAGAGGUUCAAUUAAACAGGAUGUAGUAGUCUAUCCCUGAGAAGGAAAGCAUUCUGUUCACACUAUAAUCUACUGUCUGAACAUAAUACAGCUUCAGACUUCACACAUUUAGAAUCAUGGGAUUCUCUGUGAUGAUCCGUUAAUAGCCUUUAGUACAUUGCUGACUCUAUGAUUACUCCCUCUGAGCUUUGGGUGUUGUUUAAUACAGCACAGCUUCAAUAACCAUACAUUUGGCGAUCCACUGCCUCCUCUGGGUCCUUCAGAAUGGAGCCUUCACCAUUUUUUCAGCACCCAAAACAUCAUAUGCUAUCUGCCAGAACAUAAUAGGCAUAGAUGUGUUGUGUCCUUCACCUGUGAAUGACCCUCAAACGUCGACAAGGUCCCUUGCUUGGGUCAUGCCCAUCAGCAUAGGUCAUUCUGAGAAUGUCAAAGUGUGAGCUCAUAGAGCUGAAGGAUCUCACGUUGGUUGAUGGCAUCGAGUUGGCCCCUCCAACAGCCCCUCAGACGCCAAGGCAGGGUCGGGCAGCAGAGCGUCCGAUUUUGGGUGCAGUGGUGCGGCUGGUGGGGGACAGCGUAAGGGUGGAGGAGCCACCCUGCCUCAGUGGACAGCCAGGAGAGGGUCAUGACUUCCAGCCUUGCAGUCAAGCGCACCUUUCCUGGUGUGACGUGUGUGGAGAGUUUAUCUGGGGCCUCUACAAACAGAGUGUACGCUGUGUCAAUUGCAAGUAUACUUGUCAUCAUCGUUGCCAGCCCUUCAUACAGCUGGACUGCUAUCAUAGCAGUGCCUUCUUUGACCAAUCUGACCUCUUUGAGGAGACCAUAGAAACAGACACAAACGUGGAUGAGCAGAUUGACUGGGGAAAACAGGAACUGACUGCCAGUGAAAUUCAGAAGAAGGUGAAGGAGUACAAUGCUCAAAUCAACGGCAACCUCUUCAUGGUUCUUAAUCGAGAUGGCUCGUACACAGGUUUUAUUAAGGUCCAGUUUAAGCUGUCAAGGCCUGUGUCUUUACCGCCACCUCGCCGAAGCUGCUCCAGCCAGGAUGGCUCUUGGCAGGAGAGCAAAGGAACAAAGCGUCGAACAUCCUUCUAUCUGCCGAAGGAUGCAGCCAAGCACCUCCACAUCAGUUCCCACACAUGUGCCCGUGAGGUUAUUGAAGCUCUGUUGAACAAGUUCACAGUGGUGGAUAAUCCCGCUAAAUUCGCCCUGUUUGAACGCACAGAACGACAGAACCAAGUCUACUUACGGAAACUAGCUGAUGACGAAUGCCCUCUUCAGUUGCGUUUGUGUGCGGGGCCCAGUGAGAAAUCCCUGAGUCUGGUGAUCAGAGAAAAUGAGACUGGAGAGGUCAACUGGGAUGCCUUUACGAUGCCCGAGCUUCACAAUUUUCUGAGGAUCCUUCAGCGAGAGGAGGAAGAGCACAUACGUCAGAUCGUCCGGCGGUACACAUUGACCCGUGAGAGAAUGAAGGAGGCACUAACCAACAUCACAACACCAGGAUGAACAAGGUGGCAGCGUAUAUCCCAGCAUACGGAAGGCCUCCAGUGGUGUUGGCUGUGUGAAGCUGUCUGCCCCAAAAGACCGAGACUACACAUGAGUAUAAAAACACGGUAGAAUAUUAGCAGAAGAGAGCAGAACAAGAGAAAAGACAGAAAGAGAAGACUGAACUAACUAGGUGCAUAAUGCAAAGCCCUGUUGAUGGUGGCUGAUUGUAUCAGGGAAGCUGUUGGAGUGGUGCUGGCUGCUGGAGGGACUAUGUGCUGUUUGUUUUUUGUAAAAAGUGAAUGUUAACAAAACAAUUCACCACUUAGCACUGUGCUGGAAACUUCAGACCUGGAGAAUUUUCACAUUUCACAAAAUGUGACAAAUGCACUGUGGAUGAUUAAAUUGUUUAGAUGGCAGAAUAUUUAAAUAUAUUUAGUUUAGGUUUAUUUAAUUUCCCUAUUAAUGUGAUAAUUAUAAUAUUCUCUAUAUUAUGAUAAGCUAUUAUUUUGGCCUAAGGAUAAUAAAACAAUAGGUUUAAUUCAGUGGUUCUUAAACUGGGGGUCGCCAAAAAUGUGUGAGGGGUCGCGCAAUGAUUUGCAGUCUGAAUUAAAUAUUUUUUUUUCUAAAAGUUAGACCAACAUGUUUAAGAACUUGGAUAUUGGGGAGCUAUGUGUAGGCCUCCAAUUCAGAGUGUUUCCAUAAUGUUCCUUUGAAAGUGGAUGUUCUGUUUACGCAAACGCCUCUUGCAAUGAUGAGCUUGAAGAUGCUGUACUUAAACUUACCAGUGAUAGAACACCAUGCAGCCUUUUUUGCCACAGGAGCGCCAGAUAUACAUUGGAUGAGUGCUAGUUAUCCUUUGGAAAAUAAAAAAUCAGAUUAAUGCAUUUGGUGUUGACAGAGCCUACCUAUAAGAGAAGACAAUUUCUGCCUCCACAACAUUUUCUAAAGUAAAAACACACACUUGACCAGUGUUUUUUGGGGGUCACCAGACAAAAUAUUUAAGAACCACCAGUUUAAUUUAUCAAUUCACAAUGGGAUAUUUAAAGAAAUGACAAAUUAUUAGUUAUUUUUUGUGUAUUAAAAUUAAGUAUUUUUAAGAUGACAUUUUCAAUUCAGUAUUUGAAAUAAAAGCUGUGAUUAACA